CACCCAAACCCUAUUACAAUAUUCACCUAUAUAUUUUUCUUUUUUUGAGAGGACAAUAUUCACCUAUAUAUUACAUACUCCAUGUAAGAAAAAACAUUCUCCAAAAUCAGUGUUUGCAUUACAAGCAAAGCAAUACUUCUUUCCAUUCCAAAUACACACAAAACACAAAAGCAAAGUCAUCAUAUAAAAUUUCCACCACCAUGACUAAAGAAUGUGACUUCCACGGAGAUGAACGCCGCCAACUCAUCCGUCGCAUAUUUGCCGCAAUCCUCAGCUUUAUAAUCCUCAUACUCUUCGUAAUCUUCCUUAUUUGGAUCAUCCUCCGACCAACCAAACCCCGUUUCAUCCUCCAAGACGCAACCGUCUUCGCCUUCAACCUCUCCUCCACCGGAGAAACACCAUCCUCAACCACCCCUACACCCAACACCAUAACCCUCACUAUUCAAGUCACUCUUUCAUCCUUCAAUCCAAACUCAAAAAUAGGCAUUUACUAUCAUAAACUUGACGCAUACGCUUCCUAUAGAGGACAACAAAUCUCAUUAGCCACUGAACUUCCACAAACAUAUCAAGGCCACCGUGACGUCGCGGUUUGGUCACCUAUACUAUACGGCGCGGCUGUUCCGGUUUCGCCUUACUUGUCGGAGAUUCUAAGGCAAGAUCAAACUUCAGGAGGAGUGUUGGUCAACGUUAAAGUCAACGGUAGGGUUAAGUGGAAAGUAGGGACUUGGGUUUCUGGAAGGUACCAUAUUGAUGUGAACUGUCCGGCGUUUAUAAAGGUCGCCGGUGAUAAGGGUGAUGAUGGGUUCGGAGUUUCUGCUCCGGCGGUGAAGUUUCAGUUUUUGCAAAGUUGUGUUGUUGAUGUUUAAUUAAUGUUUAAGCAAAGUAAUAAUUUGUUUUUAUUUCUAAUUGCUUUUGAUUAUUAUAUAGUCUCAAUCUCAACCACCCUUUUCUAAAAAUGUUCUUUUUUGUUUUUAACUUUUCUUUUUGGGAAGUUUCGUUCAGCUUUUUAUAUAUGGAAAAAAGUUACAUGCACAGUAACUUUUGUUAUGCUUGAUUCCUCAUGGAAUAAAAAAUCAACUUAUAAUUAACUUCUGGUCAUAGGAGUAGGAUUAAAAUUUGAAAUUUUAGAAUGUAUAUUUUGUCACGCAUAUUUAUGUGCAAUGUACUUAAGGAGUAGGAUUACAAUUUGAAAUUUUAUUAUGUACAAUUUUUCAUGCAUAUUUAUGUACUUAAUUAUUAGUAAAAAAAGUACUUAAUUAUGAUUACACUGUCAUAUGGAAUUUGUCUCAGAAUGUACAACUGAGCUGGUACUCGACAAAAGUCACGAAGUGUGCGGAUCUAGGCGUCUAGCACUGUGUUACUUAACAAAAAAAAAAAAAAUAAUAAUGUAUGCAUUUUUUAUUUAUUUAAACAUGCUUGAU